GCUCGGAUUGGACUGAGGUCCCCAGGGUUUUACCGCAUAGCUCCGGUGGCUGCCUGUGGAGAUGCCUGGGAAGAAGGCGCGUAAGAGCGCGCAGCCGAGCCCAGCGCGGGCCCCGGCAGACCCCGAAAUGGAGUGUGCCAUUCAACUCAGGAAAUUUGGAGACAAACUGAAUUUCCGGCAGAAAUUUCUGAAUCUGCUCUCCAAACUCUUCCGGUCGGGAACCUGACUGCUUCUGAAGCUUGAACGAGGAAACUGCUUUAAAAUGGAAGAUUCCCCAGUAGGUGCAAAUUUAAUCUAGAGGAAAUGCCUUGUAAUGGAGAAGAUCUCACUUGCUUUUUGGACGUCCUUGGAAACAAAGAUGGGAUACAUCAAAGAUGGAUUUUUGUUGGAGAUUUCCCAGAAGACAUUUGUUUUGGCUCAUGAGGGUGUUUUAAAACCAUUUUGUUUAUUUUAAAGCAAGAAUGGAGAAGCUUUGAAAAAUAAAGACUUACUUAACAUUUUGUUUUUACUUCUGAAAUUAUUCCGGUAAUUUUGCUGAGGAUUGCUGUGCAGCUUACUGUAAGCGCAGUUGGCAGAUGAAUGGACAGUGGUCAGAGGCAAAAAAACAGAAUGUGUUCAGUGUUAGGUUUUAUUUUGGGAUGACAACUCCAAAGUGAAGUGUAAGACUUGGUUUAUAUAUUAUCUUGUUAAAAGUAAACAUUUCAUUCUGAGAACACUGAAUGUUGUAGAGAGUGUGGAUUCCACAGUUCACUACAAAAUAUAAAAUGAUUGGAAAGCUUGUUUCUUACUCAAAAACAUAUUGCUUCUGUUCAGAUGAUCCUUGAAUUAUGUUUCUGUGAAUUUUAACGGGAAAGCCUGUACUUUGAAAAAUGUGAUAGAGGUGUUAGUUGGUUCCAGUAAGGUUGUUGAAGGUAGAAUGUUAAAAAAUAAAGAGCACAGGGAUUUUGUAGAAUCAGAAAUAAUGGGGGAAAAAGGUGAUUUAGGCUUUUUUACUGUUGUAAUUAAUACUUAGUAAAAGUAUUCUAAAGUAACUCGAUAAGAUGAAUGUGUUUCUAGAGAAGUUUGUAAAAUCUGUAAAAGGACUUUCUCAUACUGGUCAGGGUAUGUCUCAUAGGAAGUGAUCUUUUAAGAGAAAUUAAGUAUGUUUUACAUAG